UCCGGCAUCUUCUAAGAAUUCCUAUCUUUUGUCCUUGCAGCUGACAUCGUUUUACAAUGAGAGCAGCUGGACAAACGCCUCUGAAAUGGAUACAAUAGUUGGUGAGGAACCGGAGCCGCUGUCACUUGUGUCAAUUGUAGUUGUUGGCAUCUUCCUCUCGGUGCUGAUAUUCCUCUCGGUGGCCGGUAACAUCCUCGUCUGCCUGGCCAUCUACACGGAGCGGAGUCUGCGACGCAUCGGCAACCUCUUCCUGGCCUCCCUGGCCAUAGCGGAUCUCUUUGUGGCCUCGCUGGUGAUGACCUUUGCCGGAGUCAACGAUUUGCUAGGAUAUUGGAUCUUCGGAGCGCAAUUUUGUGAUACUUGGGUGGCCUUUGAUGUCAUGUGCUCAACGGCGUCGAUACUCAACUUGUGCGCCAUCUCGAUGGACCGCUACAUUCACAUCAAGGAUCCGCUCAGAUAUGGCCGCUGGGUGACGCGACGCGUGGCCGUCAUCACCAUCGCGGCCAUUUGGCUGCUGGCCGCCUUUGUCUCCUUUGUGCCCAUUUCCCUGGGCAUCCAUCGGCCGGACCAGCCGCUGAUCUUCGAAGACAACGGCAAGAAGUAUCCAACGUGCGCCCUGGACCUGACGCCCACCUACGCUGUGGUCUCCAGCUGCAUCAGUUUCUACUUUCCCUGCGUGGUCAUGAUUGGCAUCUAUUGUCGGCUCUACUGCUACGCCCAGAAGCACGUCAAGUCCAUCAAGGCGGUGACCCGGCCCGGCGAGGUGGCCGAGAAGCAGCGAUACAAGAGCAUCCGUCGACCCAAGAACACGCCCAAGAAGUUCAAGGUUCGGAAUCUGCAUCAUAGUUCGCCCUACCAUGUGUCCGAUCACAAGGCCGCCGUGACGGUGGGCGUCAUCAUGGGCGUGUUCCUCAUCUGCUGGGUGCCCUUCUUCUGCGUGAACAUAACGGCCGCCUUCUGCAAGACCUGCAUUGGGGGACAGACCUUCAAGAUCCUCACCUGGCUGGGCUACUCGAACUCGGCAUUCAAUCCGAUCAUAUACUCGAUCUUUAACAAGGAGUUCCGCGACGCCUUCAAGCGCAUCCUGACCAUGCGCAAUCCCUGGUGUUGCGCCCAGGACGUGGGCAAUAUUCAUCCGCGGAACAGCGACCGCUUCAUCACGGACUAUGCCGCCAAGAAUGUGGUGGUGAUGAACUCGGGCCGCUCCAGCGCCGAACUGGAGCAGGUGUCCGCAAUUUGA